AUGACCGGACAGGUUGAAGAGUCACAUACUGCCGACGACGCUGGCGCAGACCCUCCAAUCAGUGCCGGAGGAGACACGGUGCAUAGUCCUCAUGUUGCGUCCUUCCCCUUCGACAAGCCCGACGCCGACGCCGUCCUGCGUAGCUCAGACAACGUGCAAUUCCGCGUCUUCCGUGGAAUCCUCACUUCUGUCUCCCCAGUCUUCUCGUCCAUUUUCUCCCUCCCUCAAUCCAGCUCUUCGCAUGACGGAGAUGGUACCCCCACCAUAGAUGUCACCGAGACGAGUAACACGCUAGACUCCUUCCUCAGGCUCUCCUACCCGUUCCCCAGCCCUCCGGCCUUCGCCUCGUUCGACGAUGCCAAACGCGUCCUCCAAGUAAUUCACAAAUUCCAAAUCGCCUGGCACUCGUCCUUACUGGUCCCAGCGCUGCUGCCGCACAUCCGCGAGAAUCCGCUUCGCGUCUACGCCUCCGCAUUGCGUUUCGCCUUCGACGAGCUCGCGCUGCUGGCAGCCCGUCAGACGCUGCUCCUCGAGGACCUCACCGAAUGGUGCGAGGAGCUGCGGGACAUCAGCGGAGAAGAGUUCCAGCGGCUCCUCGUCUACCGCAAACGGGCGGUUGCCGCGGUCACCACAGAUAUGACCGCAUCCUGGUGUCCUGUCUGGAAGUGCCCGAAGCGAUGGGCCUGGCUUGUAUGCCCCACAUGCACGAAGCAUCGUUCAAAUUGCCACAACCCUUUCGUUUGCGCCUGCCCGACGGUCGCGGAGUGGUUCGCAGCGUUUUGGAUACGACUCUCGACGGUGCUGCGCGCUACACCGACAGCGGCCGCGUUGAAGCUGGCCUCUGUGGUAACGGCGUCACGAACUAUGGGAGCGGCUGUGAACUGCGUUACAUGCAGAGCCGCGAUCAUGGAAGAGUUUCCUCGGUUUCUUGAAGUACUCGGCGAUGAACUGGAACAGAGGAUCUCGGAGUUAACAUUGAAACAGGAACUUCACGAACCGCUUGAGUGGUAG